AUGACCUGGCAACCACACCAAUGCGAUGCUAAUCAUAGGACAUCGAAAAAGCCAGUUCGAUCUUCGUCAGCUCGUCGUCAAUCAGAAUUUCCUUCAGGAACGCACAAGAAUGAAUUGGAAAUCGACGGAUCUAGGGAUAAAUUGCUUCAAGAAUAUUUUAAGCAAUUAGGAGGGUUCUCUCCACGGACUAGAGUUGGUUUGCAACACUAUCAACUGAAUGAACCAGCGAGCUCGAUAUUGAGAAACAGUGGAAUUUAUCGUCAUCCAGAUUUGACAACCGGUCAAAAGUUGUGUUUGCUUGAAAAGUGUCGUGUCUAUGACAACGAAGAUAUGAAAAACCAUCGCGCAAAUUCAUGUUUACAAUUGUUAGACAAACGAUUCAGUCAAGAUCUGCGUUGCAAAAAAGACUUUCGUUUGAAUGAUCCACGAGAUUAUUUUAGCUAUGUUGAAUUUGUACGAACACCGCGUCCAACUGCACGCGCUGUGAAUACGGGUUAUCACACACCUCGAAGUCCUCGUUCACAAAAUCGACGCAAACAAACAUAUGUCAACACUCGAACACCUAACUACUUGGAUAGAAAAGGUUUUGCUGAUUCUUUGAACUCACCAUAUUGUCAUUAA